UUCCUUUCUUUUUUUUUUUUUUUUUUUCUUGGGGGGAGGGUUAUUGUGUGUGGCUAUGUAGAAUAUAAAUCAUGCGGAACCUCUUCUUGGCUAAUCCUCCAUUGGGUUCUUUCGUCUCUCUCUCUGUAUCUCCGGCCUAACCUUUGCCUAAUUCUCGACCUUAAUUAUUUGUUUUUGUGUGUGAAUACUGAUUUAUACUUUUCGGCAAGAAUCAUCCUUUGGAGGAGCGCUGUACAGCUUAGCUUAAGAAAUUGAAGCAAAAGAUGAAUCACUGUGCGAUCCAACAGAACGCCUUCGCAGGCCGUGAGGAGAUGCGAAGAGAACACGUGAUUUGUCCCAAACCUCGCCGUCUCGGUGUCUGGAAUGCCACCGUAAACGACCACCCUAUCAGAUCCCUUAGAUGGCACCUCAGCCACCAGGUGGAGCUAUGUGAUUCAAAAGCUGGGACUGAUCUUUUGGAUAUCAUCCUCACAAAGGGUGGUGGUUGUGGUGUGGAACAAGCUCCGCCACAGGUAGCCUCGUCGCCCCCAUUUUUUUGCGGGUCGCCGCCGAGCAGAGUAGCUAACCCAUUAAUUCAAGACGCUCGAUUCGGGGAUGAGAAGCUCAUCCCACAGUCACCGUUGUCCCCAAUUCCACAAGCAUCGGGCUCGUCAUCGUCAUCGUCCUCGUCUGCGAGGAAAGGAAGCUGUGUUCGGGCCAGUUACGGGAACAAACCAUCGGUGAGGAUCGAGGGGUUCGAUUGCAGGGAUAGGCGAAGUUGCAGCAUCCCUGCCCUUGCUUAGAACCCAAGUUAAACCAACAAGAGUGAGUACAUAGUAAUGAAGCAGCAAAACAAAAGUUACACAGAAGUUAAUUGCAUGAGAUGAAUUUUGAAAUUCUCAUAGAGGGAAAGAGGUAAAUCCUUUUGCAUUGGUGUAAAUAUGUUUAAAAGGGUCUUGUGUAAAUUUUAGUGUAAGCGUCUUUGUAAGUAGAUGAAAUGUUAACCAAAUAAUGGAAGAGGGGUUCUUCGGUGUUGGAGGGUUGGUUUGGGUUGGGCAAACAAUCUGUGACCACCCUCUUUUCUUGUAAGUAAAAGAGUCGGAUUUUCUAUUUUCAUUUUGCUUUUUCUUUUUCUUUUUCUUUUUCUUUUUUGGGGUCUUUGAAAUUGAAGUUUCAUUGAGCGGCUUAUGAAGGAAAACCUGUACAAAACGAAGUUGCUAUUACUAGAAUCUGUAAAGACUUUUUGUUA